UCCGAGUCUGAAUAAUUACUUAUCCCUUGAGAUGUGUCAUUAUAAAGAAGAAUGAGCUGUGAAUGUUCCUGUCAGCCAACAGAUCUGUUACUCAAGUGCUAGUUGGGAUUUUGUGAUCCUCCUCCUCAUCUUGUAAGUAAUGGGGGACUCAUCGUAUAAGAAAACAAGCUCUUCCAACUGCCUGUUUUCUGUAAGAGUCAUACAGGCCAGGAACAUUACAUCAAGGGACCUAGCGACUGCAUCUGAUUGCUACGUGAGCCUGUGGCUGCCAACAGCUUCAAAUGGAAAGUUCCAGACCCAAACCAUCGAGAACUCUGAUGACCCUGUCUGGAAUGAGACUUUUUACUUCAGGAUCCAGACUGAAGUCAAGAAUAUCUUAGAACUGACUGUCUUUGAUAAGGACCCAGUCACCAAAGACGACAUCCAGUUCACUGUUCUCUUUGAUGUUGCUAACGUGAGGCCUGGAGUGGUAGCCCAUGAAACAUUCUCUUUGAAAUCGGAGAAACAGAAAUCUUUUCAGCAAUGGGAGUCUUUGGAAGUAGAAUUUAAGAUGGAAAAAAUUCCUGGACCUCCUGAAAACCUCAGGACAAAUGGUGUCCUUGUGUCUCGUGAAAUGUGUUGCUUGGAAGUUCAGGUGGAGAAGGAGGAGAAUAAAAAGUAUUUGAAAGAGAAUAAAAAUGUAGUGCUUACAGUGCAUGCGUCAUAUGAGGGAACACAGAAAACCACCAUAGAUGUAGAUACUUUCCACUUCCACUGCAUAAAGGGUUGGGAGCCCAUACUAAAAGCCAGACUCCAGAAAAUUUCGGAUAAGGAAGAAAAGGAAGACAAUUCACAUAACUCGUUAACAGUCCCACUGAAGUUACUUCCUGUUGGACAGAAAGUGACAGUUGGCAUGCUCUUAGAAGAUAAGACAGAGCUGAAGUUGCAUCUGCAAGUAAAUGACUGCUCAGAAAAUCUAGAUGUGCGGUUAGGGUAUGAUCUUUGUGCUGAUGAGCAAGAGUUCCUGCACAAAAGAAAGAAGGUGGUUGCUAGUGCCCUGAAAAAGGUUCUCCAGCUGAAGGAAGAUCUACAUGAGCAUGAGGUUCCAGUGAUUGCUGUUAUGACGUCAGGUGGAGGCCUCAGAGCGAUGACUUCCAUGUAUGGCCACCUUUUAUCUCUCCAGAAGCUGAAUCUUUUGGACUGUACAACUUAUAUCACUGGGACAUCUGGCUCCACAUGGACCAUGACAGAUCUGUAUGGAAAUAGCAACUGGUCAGAGAAAACUCUGGAAGGGCCAUUAAAAGAAAUAAAGAAACAAGUGACAAAAUGCAAGCUAAAUAUUAUAUCCAUACAGCGCCUGAAUUAUUAUCACACGGAGUUAAUUGAAAGGGUAAAAGAGGGGCUCUUCUCUUCUUUUACAGCACUGUGGGCACUUAUUCAGGAAAUGUUUUUACAUGAUGAGCCAAAUAAGCAUAAACUCACAGAUGAGCGUCAGGCUGUGGAUCAGGGUCAGAACCCCCUGCCUUUCUAUGUAGCCCUCAAUGUUAAAGAUGAAGUCAGCACUUUUAAGUUUAGAGAAUGGGUGGAGUUCUCACCUUAUGAGGUGGGAUUCCCAAAAUAUGGAGCUUUCAUUCGCUCAGAAAAUUUUGACAGUGAGUUCUACAUGGGGAGGCUGGUGAAGAAGUUCCCAGAGUCCCGGAUCUGCUAUUUGGAAGGUCUCUGGACUAAUGUCUUUACUCGGAAUUUGUUGGAUGGCUUAUUCUGGUCUUCAAAUCCAGAAGAAUUUUGGGAUCGAUGGGCCAAAGACAUGAUAGAUAUGGAUAAAGAAAAUAGUUCUGACAUCUACUCCACUGUCAUCAAGCCUCCGUCAACUUUGUCAGGGAAACUCUGUGAAAUCUUUGAGGACAUUAUGACCAAGCGCCCACUACUGGGAGAGACUCAUAAUUUCCUGAAAGGCCUGGAAUUUCACAAGGGCUAUUUCCAACAGAAAAAGUUUACUGAAUGGAAAGACACUGUGCUAGAUGCAUCUCCCAACCAACUGACACCACUGGAGAAACACCUCUGUUUAAUAGACGUUGGAUAUUUUGUUAAUACCAGUUGCCCACCGCUUUUGAGGCCUGAGAGAAAUGUGGACGUCAUUAUAUCACUUGAUUACAGUUUGGGCGGGUUCUUCAAGCAAUUACAGAAGAUAGAAAAAUAUUGCAAAGUCCAAAAAAUCCCGUUCCCCAAAAUUGAGGUGAGUGAGGAAGAUCAGAAGAACCCGAAGGAGUGUUACAUAUUUUCAGAUGCAGAGAACCCCAGAGCUCCCAUACUGAUCCAUUUCCCUCUGGUGAAUGACACGUUUAAGGAAUACAAGGAACCAGGGGUGAAGCGCAAUUUCUGUGAAAUGCAAGAGGGCAAGGUAAAUUUGGACAACUGCAAGUCACCAUACUAUCUUACAAAAUUACAGUAUUCUUCUGAAAAUUUUGACAAACUCGUGAAUCUGAGCAGCUACAAUAUCCUCAAUAACAAAGACCUGAUUCUGCAGUAUAUCCAGAGUGCCACGGAAAAGAAGAGAAAGAGCAGGAGAGGAGGUCUACCCAGCACUUCUAGGGCUGAAUAUGUGUAGGCGGUAUUUCUACAUUGUCUGUGAACUAGAGGCUAUGAUGUUUGGACAAUAUUUGUGUUACAGGAAGCCCAGCUGAUGAGCCAUUGCACUAUAUGAAGUGAAAUUUUGCCUGUGUACUUCUUGCCUUGCCUAUUUUAACUUACUUUAGCAUUAGA